AUGUCUCUAUCGCCUCAUCCUGUCCCUCAAGGCAAGCUCAGGGGAUUGUUGGAACACGCCGAACGACUGAUGAAACCAGGCGAUCCACACCGGCACUCACAGAGUGACGAUGACUCAGGGUGUGCGCUGGAAGAGUACACGUGGGUUCCGCCGGGACUACGACCUGAACAGGUCCACUUGUACUUCUCCACGAUUCCAGAAGACAAAGUGCCGUAUGUAAACAGCGUGGGCGAGCGACAUCGACUGAAGCAGUUGCUGCAGCAGCUUCCUCCACAGGACAAUGAGGUCCGCUACUGCCACGCGUUGUCAGACGAGGAGAGGAAGGAGCUGAGGCUGUUCAGUGCGCAGAGGAAACGGGAGGCCCUGGGGCGAGGGCAGGCGAGGCAACUACACGCACCGGCGCCAUGCGAUCGGGUGAGUGCUGCAUGCUUUAUAAUGGUUCCGCAGGAGGUUUGA